AUGGCUCAAAGAGUCAUUGGCAUGCAAGAUAUUGCCAAUCCACUCAACCACACCAUUUUCUAUGUUCUCGACACUAUCCCGCGGGAGCUCGAAGUCGAUCGCACGACCCGAGCAACAUCCACGCCCUUUUCUACAUAUGUAAGCUCGCAGAAGGACAAUGAGCCAGCUGUUUCUCCAGAGGGCGAGGCGACUCCGCUUGGCGAUGAGCCCGAACCUACACAUCGCCAGAUUGCAGAGGGAUAUGGUGGUCUCAGGGAUAGGCCGAUUUCGAGUUCCAAAAGUACCCUCAAGGCCUUAAGAGAGUCUCUUAUUGCCGCGGGCGAAGCUUUGCCAGCCGGUUCAUCCUCUAGGAAGAGGAAACCCAAUAAAGACUCCACGAAAGGUUCAACGAAAACUCGCCAUACUCCAGAUUCUGCGCCCAAAGAGAAGCACAAGCCAACCAAAGCAACUAAGCAAACAUCCGCUGAAGUUUUGGAAGAAGGGAAAAAGAACAAUCUACGUGUGAAGAAGGAGGGCAAAACAAAAAUAAAGGGAUCGAGGUCGAUAAGUCUGGACACGGCAGCUUCUUCAAAUGCAGGCCCGCAUGGGUUGGAUGUCGAGCUGAAGUCGGAGGAUAGUUCACAAGUCGGCAAAGGAAAGAAAAAAAAUAACAAGAUGGCAGCUUCCACUCCACUUUCGACCGAGCAAGCUUCCCCUUCUACUGGGGGCCUGACUAGCAAAGUAUCCGGAAGUGCAUCAAAGUCUACAUCGCGGUUGGAGCUUCCGACAUUGACCUUGCGCAAAGUUACUCUUCCGAACGGGUCUAAUAAUAAGCCGGUCAGAACCUGGCGUGUGACAAAUGAAGAUGGUCGCGAGUAUACAAUCACACGGACUGAGAAUAAACCGCAGUCCGGAGCGCAAGUCGACAAGCUCGUGCCAUUUUUUGCCCACAAUCCAGGUCUUGCUGAAAACCCCUGCCUGAAGAGGCACCUGGAAACAAGUUCACCGGAGGAACUCUCUGCGCUGCAACCUCACCUCGCUAACGGGGUUGAGGAUCUGCUUUCAAACGCAAAAGCCAAGACUGAAUCUACACGAGCAUCUCCUGCUACGAAACGGAGUUCAGCAGAUGCCAAAGCCACCGUAGAGAGUGUCGACCGGCCCCCUUUAGGCCCUAUCAAAGCUACAAAAGGACUUAUUGAUGAAGAGAUCAAGACCAUAUCGGCAGGUGAUCUUCACCUGGUACCACUUGACAGCGAGCCUCUCCAGGUCCCUCGACUAUCUUAUGGAUUGGAAAGAGUCCUGUUCAAUCCGGGUGUAUAUCAGCUUCAAGAUCCUCGUUCAAAGGUCUUCAAUUUCGAUCCCUACUUACAGACAAUCAUGCCCGCUAGCGAGUUUGAUUUCGAUGCCCUCAAGCAAUACAUUACGUCUUCCCGUGACAAGAAACUACUCGGGAAAGCUGUAGCAGAAAAGAAGAAGUAUACAGGUUCUACAUCUAGUAUGACAUCUGCUCUGGCUCAUUUCCACUUCCUCCUAUCUCAAUGGCGCGCAAUAAACACCAGAAACCUGUCAAAGAUGUUCCCCGUUCCACACCACACCUUCACCGCGCUGCAACGCGGCCCCGCUGCUAUCUUCUUACGCUGGAGGAAUGGAGCAUAUGCUAUUGAUGCAGACAAGCAAUACGAUACUGCCAAUAUUCUGAUGAUGCUUGGAAAGUCCAUGGAGAAACUUCUCACGCUUUCCACCAAGGACUUUGAGAAAUACCGGAAAUCAAACCCCGGCGUGAUCACAGACGAAGAAAAAACCGCUGAUGAUCAAUUCCAUUACACAGGGAUGGGCGAUUUCCUUAUGAGAUCGCAACUAGAUGCAUAUGAUCCGCGAAUCCCUGGGACUGGUAUGUUCGAUCUCAAGACUAGGUCCGUCGUCUCAGUACGAAUGGAUAUCGAUGACUACGAGGAAGGUCGUGGUUACGAGAUCCGAGGUCUACAUGGGAAAUGGGAGUCUUUUGAGAGAGAGUACUAUGACAUGAUUCGUUCAGCAUUCUUGAAGUACUCUCUACAAGUCAGAAUGGGUCGUAUGGAUGGCAUCUUCGUGGCAUACCACAACACGGAAAGAAUCUUCGGUUUCCAGUAUAUCAGCCUCCCGGAGAUGGACUUUGCUUUGCACGGAACCAAGGACACUACCCUUGGAGAUGCAGAGUUCAAGCUGAGUGUGGAGCUGCUCAACCGGGUACUGGAACGAGCUACGACUAAGUGGCCUGAACAGUCGUUACGCCUUCACUUCGAGACGCGUGAUACAGAGACGCCAUUCACAUAUGUGUUCGCAGAACCCAUGGUCGAGGAGGAGAUCGAGCUGAUCCAAAAGACCAACAAAGCGAAGAUUGAUGCGUUUGAGGAACGAGUUUUGGGCCUGGCAACGAAAGAGGUCUCGCCUGAGGAGCAGCUGAAAGAGUGGGAGAGCAUCCGGGCUAGCGUGGAAGAGAGCGUGGAGCAGGAUGAAGAGUCUGUCAUCCUGGAGGAGGAUAAGAAAGAACUGGAGGAGAUACUCGAGACUACUGGUCUUGAAGAAGAUACUCUCGUCGCUGAAAAUGACUUGAUCGAUAAGGAUGUCGAGGAGGCCAAGGGGGAGCUUGAGGUAGAGAAAGUGGACGAGGAGCUCGCAGCGGCCGACGCCGAAGACUUGGUUUCUGCUCUCGAAACUGAGGAGGAUCUCGAAUCUGCGGCCUUUUCCGAAUCCGAACAGCGUGCAGAGGUGUUCAAGGAGCCUGAGGCUGACAGCGCAGACGAGAGCUCCGCAGAAGAAAAGCUCGACGAUGCUUCGGAAACGAAAGUUGAUGGGGUCGAUUCCGCCGACGAGCUGGCCAGCAAGCCCAGGUCGAAAACCAUCAGAAAAUUUAGUGGAGAGAUCAUGGCUAUGACCCUUACUAUCCGCAACAAAGUCAACGGGAAGUACAUCGAGAGACCUGAGAAUCUCACGGAAGAUGACAAGUGGGAGGUGGAGUACGCCUUGGCGGAGAUCCCUGGCCAGGAUCGGGUUCUGUCGUUGUAUAAGGCUACGCAGUUGCGGCGCAUGAGGACGCUGGAGAAGUCGCCCGAUCGUGACAAGACCGGUGAUUAUUUUAUCGAGCAAAUCAGGAAGUAUAACCAGAAGGGAAGGGAGUAUAGGCAGAAAAUGAAUGAGUUGGAGAAAGACAAGGUGGCGCAGGUAGUGGAUCAGCCGAUCGAGAAAGUGUCCACGCCGAAGGAGGUGGAGGUGGAAGUUGAGGAGACCUUCGAGCAGGGGGAAGCUGUGGGCCAGACCUCGCAGCAGAAAGAGAGUGCGGGCGAGAUCUCAGAGCAAAAGGAAGUCAUAGGCGAGACUUCCGAACAGAACGAGGAUAUGGCCGAGACCUCGGAGCAGAACGAGGGUGUGGCUGGAAAUUCGGAUCAAAACGAAGUUUUGGGGGCUGUGGUUGAUGACUCCAUUACGCCUGAAGAGGUCAAAAAAUAG